CACACCGUCAUACACUUUUCUUAUUCUUAAUUCCAACCUUUUUCUACAACAAUGAAAUCUCUGAAUAUGAGAAAGGGUGACCUCUUCCUUGUCCUAACUGCAAUUCUCGCUGGAACCAUGCCGGUAAAUAUACUGGCUCAAAAGUGUGGUUGUGCAGCUAACGAGUGCUGCAGCCGGUGGGGCUUCUGUGGCACUGGUCAGGACUAUUGCGGAGCCGGCUCCGGCUGCCAGCAGGGCCCUUGCAUCACUAAUGAUGUUUCAGUGCCUGAUGUGAUUACCCAGGAAUUCUUCAAGGGAAUUUUGGAUCAGGCAGAUGCCAACUGUGUGGGGAAGAACUUCUACAGCCGGGAUGCAUUUCUUCAAGCUCUUAGUUCCUAUUCUAAGUUCUCAAAGUCAGGCACCGCCGACGAUGCUAAAAGGGAAAUUGCAGCUUUCUUUGCACAUGUCACUCAUGAAACCGAUCAUUUUUGCUACAUAGAAGAGAAAGAUGGAGCCUCCCAGGACUACUGUGAUGAGACCAAAACACAAUAUCCAUGCAACCCUAACAAGGGUUACUAUGGCCGAGGAGCAUUGCAACUAACUUGGAACUACAACUAUGGACCGGCGGGGGGCAGCAUCGGGUUUGACGGUUUGAACUCACCGGAAACAGUAGCCAAAGACCCUGUCAUCGCGUUUAAGGCAGCGUUAUGGUAUUGGUUGGCCAAUGUUGAGCAGGUGACAGGGAAAGGGUUUGGACCUACCAUCCGAGCCAUUAAUGGAGAUCGGGAAUGCGACGGUAAAAAUCCGGGCAGCGUUAAUGAUAGGAUUAAGUACUACAAACAGUAUUGCAACCAAUUUGGCGUUUCCCCUGGGGACAACCUUAGUUGCUAGACUUUGAAUUUUAGAACCUAUUUAAUGUCUUUUCUCACCCUUUUUUUGUUGUUG